AUGGAAUCAGCUAUAACGGAAUCACGGGCAUGGGCAGCGGCUCAAAUAGUAGUAGAACAGGCGAACUUUAGUAAUUCCAGUCUGGCCGACCCUGUCCAACUGGGAGAGUGGUGCCAGAUUGAUGGAGCAUGGAAAGUAACAGAAUGGCGAGCAGGAAUUGGAUGGUACAAUUUUGACCCGGAUUCGGGUUCAACCUUGAUUGGGUCCCGCAAUUUACGGCAGGGUUUAUCUCCUCUUCAGACAGAAUUGGAGGCACUGAUUUGGGCUAUGCAAUGUAUGCUAGUCCAUAACAAACGCCAGAUGAAUUUCCAAACAGACUGCGCUCAGUUGGUGAAGAUGGUGUCCAAACCGACAGAGUGGCCAGCUUUUGCGAUAUUGCUUGAAGAAGUGGCGAAAUGCAGGGGAAUGUUCCAGACGUUCUCACUCUCAUACAUUCCCAGGGCGAAAAACACAAAGGCAGACAAGCUAGCACGGAGUGCUCGAGCUCAGCCCCAUGAUGUGUACUACAUAAACUCAGUUCCACUGGUCCCGCUUUCCGGCCCGGCUUAG